GUCUCCUCUUUCUUGUCCUUGAUGCAGCCAGUAAAGUCUGAGAUGAAGCAGAAUCCAGUUGAAGCCAGUGCAUCCAAGUUGAAAGCCAACCCUUAUUCAAGCAAGACGAAGACGCCGCCGAAGAGGUUGAAAAUGAAGAAGUCUCGUUCGUCCAACGAAGAAACAAGUGAUGGUGAUAACGAGGGAAGCAAAUCACCAUCUGGCGACGAGAGGAGGAGGAAGAAGAAGAGGAGCAAGAAACGGAAGCAGAAGUAUUGGGAGUCGAAUUUGGCCGAAAGCUCAAGUAGUGACGGUGAUCGGAAGAGGAGAAAUAGACGCAAGUGUCGUCGGGAAAGUUCCUCCGAGUCGUCCGAUUUAGGCCGUCGAUCCAGUCGGCAGCACCAUCGUUCCCGUCAGAGCCACCAUCGCCACAAACGACAUCACUCCGGUUGAUCAGCCUCUUUCAGUGAUGUAGGUGCUAUGUUUUGAACUAUGCAUUGUCAGAG